AUGAGAGCCUCGACCAGAGUGAACGUGACGAAUAGGCUAUUUAUGACUACUUUUCUGGUGGCCUUUUCGUCUGUAGCGUUGAGUUCAGCGAUACCGUGUCCGGCACACACUUUGGACUCUGACUCUCCACUAGCAGCUGUGGAGCAGAAAGAGAAGCUAGAAAAGGAGAAGCUCGAGAGAAUGUCGAGACCGGCUUAA